AUGACAUUGGAUUCGAAGACUUCCACUAAUAUAUCUCCAGUUUUCGUUCUUAACAGACAGGCUCAUCUUCUUAAAAUAGAUUUAUCUUGGUCCUGUGAAGAGAGUGGUCCAUACUAUGACAAAGUGUUUCGUGUUAAUGUUACUAUCAGCCACCAUAGUCUAAACAGUCCUGAGAUAUAUUAUGGUGUUGGAAGCAGUGUCAAGGAAGCUAGACGGAUGGCUGCUGCUAGUGCUUUGCAAACUUGUAACUUAUUUAAGUACAAUGCUUUUUCAAAUAAUGGGGCUCUGCAAACUGGAGAACUGUUUCUAACACCACAAAAUGUCGAUCCUUUCAUUAUUUUGAUUAAACUUGCUCCUACACCUUUAACUCCAAAGGUACAGCUUCAAAAACUACUUAAUUUACUUGGUUCAAAAGUGGAAUUUAUUCAUUCAGUGGAUCAUGCCAAUAUUAGUUUGCAUCCUAUUAUGUAUAGAGCGAUAGCGAAGAUUGUUGAUCGUCAAUAUAUUGGAAAUGCAACCACUAAAUCAGGUGCUGAACAAGAGUCAUGUUUAUCAGCUUUAAUGGCUCUUCGUCGAUCAUUAUUGUCUUAUAUCAAAACUCAGAAACUAAAGAAAAAAUUAGAAGAUGAUGAAAAUCUGUACAUUUAUCGGUUUAUUCAUCCAAAAUCAUCAGUUUGGAGAUUACGUAUACUUGCUGGUUUACAUUUCAUUCAACCAACUUUUAAGAUUGUAAAAUUAACCAAUUGUGAACCAUAUAAAUUUACGUGUACAUGUCUAUUAGAUGGUUGGACUGCUACUGAAAAUAAGUCUAUAUCAGCAAGGAAAGCACAAAAUGCUGCUGCUCAAUUAAUGCUUAAUAAUAUACAUCACAUUGAGAAUAAAUGUUCUACAGUUCCAUGUUAUGAUCAACAGCAUGAUGUUGUUACAUCAAAAUUUGUUCAUAAACAAAAUUAUAAACCGUGUAAAAUCAAAUUACAAUUGAAUCAGGAUCGUGCCUUAGAUGAAUCAGUUCAUCCUGUCUGUAGAUUGGAAUGUUUUAGAAUUGUGAAAAAUUUAGAUAAAGUAAAAUAUAUUCUCUUAAAUGAUCAGCUACCGAAUGAAGGACAUACAUCUUUAGUACCCAAUCGUCCGCCAUUCAUUUAUCAGCUUGAGUUCUCAAACGUGUGUAUUCAAGGUCCUAAAGCGAAUAAUAAACGUUUGGCAAAACGACUUGCUGCUGAAUUACUCCUUACUAGAUUGGGUUUGUCUAGUGAAAAACCAUCUAAUGUGAAGAGUGUUCUUCGAAAUAAAGUUAUUGAAUCACCUAACAGUAGCAGUAAUACUAUUAGAAGCGUUUCAGAAAAUCUGUCCUAUGGUAAGUUUGGUUCUAUUAGAGAUAUUGCUAUGAUUCCACAUAAAGGUCAAGCACUUAUUGAAUUUGAUGACAUAAACUCUGCUGAAAGAGCUGUUGCAAGAUGUUCAGAUAAUGCUGUUAUGUUUGCUAAUCACCGAUUAAAAGUUAAUUAUAGCACAUCCAAACGAGUGAUUCACAGACCUCUGGAUAAUAAUAACCAACAUCCCGACAUGCCUCCAGAAAGCCGUGUACUAAUGUUAACAGUUUACAAUGCCCAGUAUCCUAUCACGGUGGAUGUUAUUAAUCAAAUUACAGCCAAACAUGGACGCGUUUUACGUAUUGUCAUUCUCCGUAAAACCCGCAUACAGGCUAUGGUAGAAUUUAAAAGUACAGACGAAGCCCGGACCGCUAAACGGCAUCUGAAUGGAGCCGAUAUAUACUCUGGCUGUUGUACAUUGAAAGUUGAGUUUGCUCGACCUACACGCUUGACUGUCACUCGCAAUGAUCAAGACUCAUGGGAUUUUGAAAAUCCAUUAUUAAUGUCCACCUCACUUAACGAAGCUGAUGGGCGUGGAGAUAUCUCUCUAUUGGGACGAUUCGAAAGGUCACGUGCCCGACACGAAAGCUCGAGAUCUGUUAAUGGUGGCAGCUUUGGGUAUCAUGAUGGCUUCAUAAAGCAGAAUGCUGUUGGGCUUGGUGUUCCACCUGCGUCGUUCUUGGACCAAUUGGCUCUAAAUUACCAUGUAUCAAGACGUGGUCUCGACGGGUUGAAUGGUCAACAUUAUGCGAGGGCUGCGACUCCUGUUAUUAUGGUGUACAACAUGGAUAUGGAUCAUAUGAACUGUGAUCGCUUGUUCAACCUUCUUUGUCUCUAUGGAAAUGUUGUUCGUAUUAAGUUUUUGAGGACUAAGGAAGGAUCAGCUAUGGCGCAGAUGGGCGAUAACGCUAGUGUAGAUCGUGUCAUUACUAACCUAUCCGAAGUCCCAUUGAUGGGCAAUGCACUGUCGAUUCGUCCAAGUAAACAGCAACUUAUCCUCGAUGUACCAAAACCUUUUGAAUUACCAGAUGGCACCCCAUCUUUCAAAGACUAUUCAGGGUGUCGCGAAAAUAGAUACAUAAAUCCAGACAAGGCGAGUAAAAAUAGGAUCUAUCCUCCAUCACAUACUCUUCAUUACUGGAAUUGUCCUCCAAACUAUACCCCAGAGGAACUGCGCAAACUGGUUGUUGAAUGUGGUGCUUCACCACCUCGCCAAAUCGCACCUUUUCCAAGGGUGAGUGAUAGAUCCUCAUCAGGCCUUGUAGAAUGGGGGACAAAAGAUGAAGCCGUUACCGCCCUUGCUUUGUGCAACCAUCAAGCUAUUCCAAACACUGAAGGUCGAUAUCCAUUUCUUCUUAAAUUAUCAUUCUCAAGUUCUCCUGUUAACGAUCGAGCAUUUUCAGGUUCAAAGAAAAUUGGAUCAUCAAAUAUUGGAAAGUCAGCAGCAUCAGUAGACUCUAGCGAGUAUGAAUAGUUAUUGGGUUAAAUAGAAUGUCAAAGUGACCACGAAAAACGACCUACAUGUCAAGGCCAACAAGAGCAGGUGAACUGGCAUAGACAUAUUAAGUUGGUUAGUCUCAUCAACUCCAUUUUCACUUGGGAGCAUGGAAAUGGAUGAAUGUAGCCAGUCAAAAGAUAGAACCUGGUACGUACAUGCAUGGGUUCAAGUUGCCAAACCUCCCCAACACACGAAUAAAAUUAUCAGAAAAAAUCUCAGAGUAUCAGUGGUAAUAACAGCAUCAAUGGUAACAGAAUAAAUUAGGGAUCGAAGAUACAACUCAAGAAAAUCUGAAUCAAAAGCUUGAAUUUGGAGGAGCACAAAAGUUGAUGCACCUAUGCCAUUAUAAACGACUUUGAGUCAUGUCAUUCAAAGUAUCUAACCACUUGUUACGAUUAUCGUAGUUACCUCAACUAGGUAGUCUGAACAUGUAAACAUGGCUCAGUCCAAUUGCUAAUGACCUCAUGGAUUGAUGACACGUUUGGUUUGGCUACUCCGAUCUCUCUUCUGGCCUAACCGAACAGCGUCAUUCGUUGGGGUAGGCGGUGCUUGGGCGCUCGCAAUACGUGUCCCAACUGUCUCAGUUGAUGAAGAUUCACUACUUCACCAAUUAGUUUACCAUCCGUACCUGAUACCCUAUUCUUAACAGAACUAUUGCUUACUUAGCGGUCCCAGAGUAUAAGAACAUUGCUUCAAAGAUAUCCAUGAUCGAAAACUGCUAACUUACGAAUAUCAUCUAUUCCUAGUGGCCAUUCCUCACACAUAAAUUAAAGUGGAGAGAACCACUGUACCGUAAACUCAUCAUUGUUUGGCAGACUGAUAUCUCGCCUCCACCAUGAGAGACAAUUCGGUAAAAGUUAAUCGAGCUUUCUAUACCCGUGUCGAAUUUUCAUCCUAUACUAAACCAUCAGAUUUCAUGAGACUUCCAAGGUGAGUGCUCAAUUACUGCACUCCAUAUCAUUGAUACAUCGCCGAUGGAAUUUAAACUCACAGCAACAUUUUACAUUUGGAGGGGAAGAAACACGUCUCAAACAUUAUUACCUAACGUUGUCAGUAGACUGCACUUAGUCAGUUGCUUCACCAACCAGAACUAUAUCAUCUGCGUCAUCGAGUGAAUCUCCAGGAGAUAGUCAACUUCUGAAAAGUUAGACGAUGAAACUUUUAUCUUUAAAAGCAUGUCUAUGACAAACCCGUUGGUGUCUCUAACUUAUUGAUUGCCCUUAAACUAGUAUGUUUCAUUGGUUUAACCUUUAUAUUCACCAGAAAACAGUCUUUGCAAAUUUUUUACUUUCUUCUCAUAUAAUUAACUAACCCCUGAUAAAAAUAUGUAAGCGAGUUAUUUGUCACACUACCAUAGGUCUUAAAAACAAUUUUUUAGCCUCCAAUAUAUCUUAGCAAUCUUUAUUUCGCAUAAACACAAAGACUGCAUUUUCGUAAACACAGCGCUUCUAUAUAAUUAGAAAUGAACCCUUAACGAUUUCUUUACAGGGCUUUAAAAGCUGUUUUAAUGACGUAUUUAACUCUGUUCUACCAAUUGGGAACCUGAUUUUAUUACAUACGUUUAUCGGGUAGUCAGACGCUAGCUGAUCAUGAAACGAUUUUCGCAUAUGUUUCAUUAUUCCUCGAUUGCACUGUUCAGGUACACUUGGUUGUAUAUGCUCAUACACAUGUGCAUUGACUGAUAUUUGGGAUGUGAUGAAGUUGUUUACACUGAUUUGAGGCUUUUUUGAAAUCACUUGUUUAGUCUUCUCAGUGACUCGGCUUUACAGCAUGAUAUAUUUUGUUUAUGACUGCUGUUAGUUUCAGUUUCUAAGGUAUACUCCAUAAUCUUUAAUGAAUAUCGGUUUAACGUCAUUUCUUCAGACGUCGAUUUGUUAUCCUCUUUAGUUGUAUCUACAUUUCAGAUCUGUUAGAUCUUGUUGCAUUUACCAAUGCACAUUUUGUGAAUCCGUACAUGUAGUGGAUUAGUAGUAGUAUAGUGAAGGAGAACACAGGUGAGGGCAACUGAAUUGUAUUUAUCGCAAAUUACAGAGUUACUCAGUAAAAUAGGAA